AUUGUUGACACAUAGGGACACAGUGCGUCGUUCUUCAACUGUAUUUCGGUCUGAUAAUUUGAAAAUGAAGAUUUAGGACGUGGUAGUUAAUUUCAUAUGCCACGUCACUGAAUCGGCGUCCAUUUGAAAGCUGAAACAGUCGCUGUAAGAAGAGGAACUCCCGGGCAAAGAUUCUGAGAUUUCGGAAUUUCCCUAACCGCCUUUUUUUGCUUCUUCUCUACUUCGAUUCAUCGGUAAUUUUCGGUGUUCACUUCACUGUAAUUUGCAUAGCAAGUGAGAAAAAAAAGAGUGAGAGAUGGGGAACUUGUGGUCGGCCGCCGUAGAACCUCCACCGCCUAUGGUCUUAGUUCCGCCGCUCUUCGAUUUUCCUCCUCUCGCCGCCCGUACAAGGAUGCUGGAAUCAUCAUAUAACAUGUUGUUUGGGAAACUGGCAUUGAGAUGCCUUUUUGAGGAUUAUUUCGAGGAAGCUAGGCAUUUUAGCACCAGAAUUAUGCUUAAGCCAAUUGAUGAUCCACACGUUGAUUUGAUUGCAACUGUUGGAGGCCCGCUUGAUCACAAGCCUGAGGAGAAAAUUGUAGGAAAUGCACAAUUUCGGUGGCAAAGUGAUGUUGAGGAUCCACAUACGUUUGUCGAUCUUUUCGUAUCAAAUGAUGAUCCGACACUGCUGAUGAGAUCAUGUGCAUUCUACCCUAAAUUCGGGUUUGGAGCUUUUGGCAUUUUCCCAGUGCUUUUAAAGAAUAGAGUAUCUUCACAAGAUUAUGGAGUCAUGGGUUUGAGAUAUGGCUCAUCAAAUCUCUCGGUUGGAGCUACUCUUAUGCCUUUCGCUUUGGGAGAUGAUGUUCCCAAAAGUGCAUGGCUGGUGAGCAAGAUGGGAAGGUUAACCACCGGGGUGCAGUAUGAAUCACAGUUUGGAAGCAAAUAUGACCAAAAGUUUAAGAACUUAGAAAAUUGGAGCUGUGCUAUUGGCUACGGAGUGGGAUCAGGCAGCCCUUUGAGCCCAUCCUUCAAUUUUGGCCUUGAGCUUGCGAAAAGUUCACAGUUUAUUGCUUCAUUCUAUCAACAUGUGGUGGUUCAAAGACGGGUGAAAAAUCCACUAGAAGAAGACGAAGUAGUUGGAAUUACUAACUAUAUAGAUUUCGGGUUUGAGUUGCAGACAAGUGUAAAUGAUGAGAAAGCUCCGGCCAUCAGCAUCCACGAUUCCACUUUUCAAGUUGCUGCAUCUUGGCAAGCUAAUAAAAACUUUUUGGUCAAGGGAAAGGUGGGGCCUCUAAGCUCAUCUGUAGCUUUGGCGUUUAAGUCAUGGUGGAAACCUUCCUUCACUUUCAAUGUUUCAGCUACUAGAGAUCGGGUAAAAGGAGCAACAGCCUUUGGAUUUGGCAUUCGUGUUGACAACAUUAGAGAAGGAAGCUAUCAAAGGGCUGAUCCAAACUUUGUAAUGCUGACACCAACCAAGGAGCACUUGGCAGAAGGCAUACACUGGAAAGUUGGGAAGAGACCAUUACUUCAAUCUGAUGUGAAUUCUGGGAAUUUUGAUGGCAUGCCUAGGGAAUUAAGACCAUUUGGCAAAAUGUUGUAGUCUCAUUUGAUUUUUCAACUUGUCAUUCUUAUAGCUUUUGAGUAGUAGCCUCUGCGGUGCCAUAGCACAAAAACUUUGUGCUAUUCUUUUUCAUCUUGUUUAAACAGUUUAAUCUGGUUAGAUAGUAUACACAUGAAAAGUGCUCUCUAGUUUUGUUCUGGAGGACGACUAUGGUUGUUCUGCCUCUUAUCUAGGUGGUUGUUCCAAUUCAUUAAAGCAGAAUACAUUGGUGUAA